UUCCGGAAGCAGUUUUCGAGCUAGCAUACUCCUUGUAGACAUUGAUGCUAACUGUAGCUUUGACUGCUCUGCUGAAUGUAGAGUCUGUAAAUAUCUGUGUGAGGAUGUAGCUAAACCCGACACGACUAAAAGAUACUCCAUUUGGACAAAAGUUACAAAGAUUUCCAUGAACAGCUGAGAGGAAAAACUCCAUCUGAUCUACAAGGUCAGAGUCUGAAGUAGAAGGAGCCACGUGCAAGUACGACUGAAAACAAAGACGUCAUGGAUUUGAAGGACAUCAGCUCUUUAUCUGGUGAAAGAAAACAUGCUAAUCCUGAGAAACCAGAAAAAGAAGGUUCUGGUUUUUCUGUGUCCGAUCUAAAGGAAGAAUUCAGUGACUCGGAAAGUCAAACUGAAAAACUAUUCAGCUGUUUUUUUUGCGGGACUACGUUCCGAACGGGAGGACUUCUGACCCUACACACAACCCUCCAUACGGGGGAGAAGCUUCCUCGCUGCAUCAUUUGUAACAAAACCUUCAGUUUGGAGUCCAACCUGGCAAAGCACGCUUGUUCCGGAGAGAUCCCCGAGCAUCAUCACGAGGAGCAGGUCGCCUCCAACGAGCUGCUGAGCUGCUCCCAGUGCGGAGAGGCCUUUUCCGGCCAGGAGGAACUGAACCUCCACCUCAAAGGUCACUCGAGAGCGCUCAAGUGUUCGAUCUGCGACGUGGGCUGCAGCGACAGAGACUCGCUCAUUCAGCACAUGAGGAUCCACACGAGGCAAACCCAGUUCAGCUGCUCGGUUUGUGGCAAAGAUUUUGCGUGGAGGCGACACCUGACCAAACACAUGGAAGUCCACAAGAAGAGGAAGAAAAUCUUCAGGUGCAGGAUCUGUGCGGCCGAGUUCUACACCUAUUACCUACUGUCUAAACACAAACUCCUCCAUCAGUCGUCUGAUCCUGCUGAUGUUCCGGCUGAGAACAAAGAGGAGGAGCAGAUGGAAGAAGAGGACGGAUCAGAACCGGGGAUUUCUAAUCAUUUACAGCCAGAAACUGAUCCUCAGAUGUCCAUAAAAACGGAAAAUGACGGCUUUUCCGUAAACGCUGACUCGGAUUUGAUCCCGGAGAGAGAUAAUGAAGUCCCACUGGAACACAGAGAGGACAUCCCAGAGCUGCAGACGGAGGUGAAGCAGGAAGACCUGCAGAUUAAAGAGGAGCAGGAGGAAACGGACAUCUCCGAAAUCCGUUUGAAGACCGAGGACGACGAGGAGGAGAAACCGCAGCUGUCUCGGCUUCAAGCGGAGAUGGGCGGUGGGACUCCAGAGUUUUCCGACGCCGACACGGACGACAGCAACUGCUGGAAAUCAGAAAACGUCGAGCAGAAAGUUCAGUCGGAUUCUGAUUCUGGCGGAAAUCCGUUCAGCUUUUCUGACAUUAAGGGGUCCGAAUCUCUGCAGCCCGAGACGGACGACAGCGUCGACAGCGACUUCUGGAAAGACAACAGGAAGCCGCAGUCGAACUCGCUGAAGCACGAAACGUCCGAAGCUGGAGUGAAAUACGUGACGGACCUGAAGCCCUACAGCUGCACUCAGUGCAGCAAAGCCUUUCGCUACAGCUCCUACCUAAAGAUCCACAUGAGGCAGCACACCGAGCGGUACUUCUGCUCAGUUUGUGGGCACAAAUCCACCUCCAGCUCCAACCUGAAGGUCCACAUGAGAACUCACACCGGAGAGAAGCCGUUCAGCUGUGACAUUUGCAGUAAGAAGUACACCAACAAGGCCAGCAUGCAGGCCCACAUGUCCGUCCACAACGCCGAGAGGAAGUACAGCUGCGACGUUUGCAAGAAGAACUUCGCCUGGUUCACCGAGCUCAAGUACCACCAGUGUGUCGGCGAGUCGUCACGGCAACAAAGCUACGAGGAGGACGCCGGAAUCAACCUGAAACGCCACAUCUUGUACAAUUUAAACGAGUGACCAGCAGAGCAGGUUAGCAAAAGUUGAAUUAUGUGACUGUUUAUUUAUUUGAGUGAAUGAUAAGAAUCUAAAAUAUAAUAAAGAAAAAAGUGUAAAAUUUUGACAUUCUGUUUAAGUUUUUCUGCUUAAAACGCUGAAAAGUACGGAAGCCCAUGGCGGCCACAUUUAAUAAAAUUCAAUUUGAUGUUUCCUUGAGAUGAGGGAAUUA